AUGGGAUCUCGCCAUUUCCCAGCCCGGACUGUCCUGUUUGAAAGGGAGACAAGCGGAGUGACAUACCGAGUGCCAGCGCUACUCCACAUCCCAUGUGUAGCCAAACUGUUGGCUUUUGCAGAAGAGCGCCUUAGCGUUGAUGAUGCCCAUGCCAACCUACUGGUGCUGCGGAGGGGCUCAUUCUAUAAAAACUUUGUGGAGUGGGAAGACAUGCGAGCCCUUGAAACUGCAACUCUGCCACACCAUCGCUCUAUGAACCCUUGCCCCAUCUAUGAUGAGCUGACUGGCAUGGUCUUCCUGUUUUUCAUUGCUGUCCUGGGCAGGACCCCUGAAGCCUUCCAGAUCAUCACAGGAGAAAAUGCUGCCCGUCUCUGCUACGUGACUAGUUCUGACCAAGGCAUCAGCUGGAGCCACGUGACGGACCUCACUCAGCAUGUGAUUGGCAGGGCCAUCGAUGAUUGGGCCACUUUUGCACUAGGGCCCGGCCAUGGCAUUCAGCUCAAAUCAGGUCGUCUCCUAUUGCCUGCCUAUGCUUACCACAUCGACUGCCGGGAAUGUUUUGGAAAGCUCUGCAAAACAACCCCACAUGCUUUCACGUUCUACAGUGAUGACCACGGACAGAGUUGGCAAUACGGUGAAUUCAUCCCAAACCUGCAGACGGUUGAGUGUCAGAUGGUAUCAGUGGACGAGGAAGAUGGAACUAAUUUGCUAUAUUGCAAUGCCAGAAGCCCGUUGGGUUUCCGGGUGCAAGCGCUCAGCACAGAUGAUGGAGCAGUGUUUCACGCAGGGCAGCUGGUGCAGAGGCUUGUAGAAACCCCUCAUGGCUGCCACGGCAGCAUCAUUGGGUUCCCAGCUCCACUUUACUAUAUGCAUGGCAAUGUCUGCAGAUUCCAGAAAACAACAUGGUCAGCUAAAGGUACAAGCUUCGUACUGCAGCCUGAAACUGAUGAGAGACCUAAACCCUUUUGCAGCCCACCUACCAUUUCUCUAUGCAGUCAGCCUAUAGGUUGCCAGCAGCAACAGGAAAUGUUUGCAUCGCCCAGAACUUGUAGUCCCAAACACAGCAUCAUUCCUGGUCACAUCACCUCAGAUACAGCAGACAUCAAUCAAAAUAAUCAAGAAGGCAGAACUAUUUCCCAGUCAGGUAUUAUUUUCCAAAUCCCCACAUGGGUGCUUUAUUCCCACCCAACAAGCUCCAGAUCCCGAGUCAACUUAGGAGUUUACCUCAGCACAUUUCCCAGGGAUGCUGACAGCUGGUCUGAACCAUGGAUUAUUUAUGAAGGGCCCAGUGCCUACUCAGACCUGGCUUACAUUCAGCUGCCUUACUCGGAGGUCUCCAUCACUGGGAUCCCAGCCAUAGCUUUUGCCUGCCUGUAUGAGAACGGGGUGAGGACCCCCUAUGAGCAGAUCUCUUUCAGCAUGUUUACUCUGCAUGAAGUUCUUCAAAACAUUCCUCUGGCAACGUCUUCGGCCCGACUGAAGAAGCCAGAAGGCAGAAAAAGAAAGAAAAGGAGCUGUGUACUCUUCUAA